UUUUAUGAAAUUGGCUUCUUUAUUAUAUUAUGGUUUUUAAUUUUAGAUCUGUGUAUAAUGUUAAGUUUGAUAAUAUGUAGAAAACCAGGAAGGUACAUCAAUUACAUAUUUGAGUGCAAUGUUUUGAAAAGAAUGAAUUUUAUUUGUAUUUUAUAUUUUUACAUUCCCCCAGGCCACACUUGAAGAUUGAAGUCCACAUAUUACCAAAUUAAUAGCCUCAUAGAAGAAGUGUUAACUCCCCCCCCCCCAAAAAAAAAAAAAUCAUGCCCACAAAGAUAGAAGUAGACAAUUUUUUUGUUUGAUAGUUACCUACAUAGUACAUACAUAAUGUAUAAUAUACUUAUUACUUUUCAGCUUUCAUUGAUUUUGUUUUUUUCAUUGGCAUUGAUUAUUAUUUAGUAGGUACCUGUUACCUUUCCUAUACUGUUAUCAAUAAUGAUUAAUCUGCAUUAACUUAUACUUGUGUAUUUUAUUUAAAUAUAGAUUAGUGGUGUUAUGAUAAUUAGUGCAAUAUUUCAGCUUGGACUUGGAAUAACAAUGAUCAAUAGAGUAACCGAUCAACAAACUAUGGUAAAAAAAGAAAUGAAGUUGAGUUUUUUAAAUUAUGGCAUUCAAUCUGAUGUCACACAACGUUGGAAUUCAUUUCAGUCGGAGUUAUCAUGUUGUGGAUUACAUGGUGGGAAUAGUUACAAAUCAAAACAAUUGCCAAUACCAGAAUCAUGUUAUAAAGAUCAGCGGAACCUUAAAUUGUAUGCUAAAAUAAAUAAUUGUCAUAUGGGUUGUUUUGUUAAAGUGAAAAAACUUGAGGAAAAGUUUUUGGAUCCAGUCAUCAUUCUAACAUUUUUAUGUUCGUUUCUACAAAUGUCAAAUGCUAUUUUGAUUUUGAAUUUGUUAAGACCUAAACCAAACCCAAGAAGAUACCACAUUGCUUAUGGAAGGACAUAAUCUAGCAAAUGAUAAAAAUAAUUUGUUUGUUAAUACUUUGGGAAAUAGAAAGGUUAGAAAUAAAAACAAAAUCCAGCCUCAACACGAUGACGGCACAGUAACACUUUCCGUGUUGCACAAAAUUAUAGAAUGACCCAUAAGACAUAUGCAUAUAAUACAUGUCAAAAUUAUAAAUAGUCAACUAAAAAAAAGGUGGGUAAGUGGAUGUCGUUCUGCUGUACAGUAGGUUAGAAGUGGGUCACUGUAUA